AUGAAUGUGAAAGGCAGUAAUGAAGAAAUAGUUUAUCCAGAUCUUUAUUUUACAUUUGAUAAUUAUGAAGAGGCAUUUGCUGAAUAUGUUCUUCGAGAUAGUGAAAGUAUUAGUGUUGAAUUGACCGCUUAUGAUCGUUCUGGACGUGUACAUGGUGUUUGUUUUAUUGGCACUAUUUCCUAUAAUGCUAUAAAACAAUUUUAUGAUUAUUCAUCUCAAGCUUCUCGUUCAUUUGGUAAUGUUGUUAAUCAUCAUUCUGGUUAUCGACAUAACCGAACGACAUCAACUACAACAACAAAUACUGCACAUUCAUCUUCAUCUCCUACGAAUAUCGAUUAUACAUCAACUCCAUUUAUGCGAGUAAUUGGACCACAAGCCAAAGGAUCAGCUGAAAUGGCAAUUAAAUCAAUGAAAAAUACUACACAACGAAAAUCAUUGGAUUUAUCUAAAACAGACGAUAUGAAACGAACAAAUUUUAUCACAAAAUGUAGUGAAGGAGAACACAGGUGA